CUGACGUCUGUAAGACCCUCACCAGUGUCAGUUAUUCACAGUCACUCACAGAGAUGGAGAGGUCAAGAAAUGCUUUCAUCGCGUUUAUGUGUGUUUUGUUGUUCAGUCAGAACAGAAUCUAUGGAGCAGAAGUGGAGAUGAAAGUCAGACCAGGAGACAACAUCACUCUCUACUGUGAUCACUCUGUAACUCUUGGUUUCCGCUUUGUAUGGAUAAGAAACUGCUCUCAUGAAAAUCAACCCUCUCUCGAAAUAAAUUUUAGAAUAUGGGACCAGGAGAUAUUUCAGCGUUUCAGCUUUAUCUACAACCACUCCAGUAAUUCUCAUGAUCUACAUAUUACUAACAUCAGUGUCUCUGAUCUGGGACUGUAUUACUGUGCAGAAGUAGAGAAUAAGGUACAUAAAGAUGAAAAAGGCAUCAUCUCCUCAUCUGAACUGUACUAUUAUGGAAACCGAACAACUCGUCUCUCUCUUGCAGAGCAAGUAACUUCAUGUUCUGGACUGAACAUCACCUCAACUCCUCGUGUAUCAGACUGUGUUCUCUGCUGGACGCUGCUGUUCAGUGUGUGUCCGGUGUGUGUUCUCCUCUCCUCGAUCUGUCUGUUCUGCCUCUGUCAGAGGAAAACUACAGAUGCUGCGGCAGAUCAAAAAGACAAUUUGAAAGGUAGAAAUACCAUUGAGGGUGAGGAUGAAGAGGUGUGUUAUGCAUCUUUAGACGUGAAAACCAGGAGACAAAAACAACGCAAGACAAAGCGAGUGCAGUGUUCAGACUUCAGUACAUAUGCUCAGGUCAGAACAGACACGGAAUAGAACUAAAAUAGAACUGAGGUGCUUUCUGAAACUUUCCAAAUAUGAUAAAGGUCAUUAUCAUGUAACAUCACGUAAUGAUACAAGGUACUUUUGUUACAUCUCAAUGUAAAAGAUACUAAAUUCCAUACUUGGAUACUUGAUCCCACUUUAUAUAAAGUGUCUUUAACUACAGCCUAUGUACUAACAUUUAAAUUAAUAAUUUGAUACAAUGUCCUUAUUGUGUAAACACGUUUUUACAUUGUACUUAUAUUUAAAAAUACCUGCAUGUAAAUACAGCUGUAAUUAAUAUCUGUAAUUACAUCUAUAAUUAUAAUUGAUCCAUCCGUUCCACCUUAACCCACCCUUAAACCUACCCAUACCAUGAAACCUAUCGCUAAACGUACCUGAAUCCCACUUUAACAGAAGCAAAAGUGUUUUAAUACAAAUAAACAUUUACCUAACUUUAUUUUUAUUUAUUUUUAUUUUUUGGUGUAAGUACAAAGUUAAAUACACCUAAUAUAAAAAGUGACUGGAUACUUUUUUUUUUUUUUUUUUUUUAUGAGCUGUUACUCUUACUGUCACUCUUGCUGUUAUUCUGUUGUUACUCAGGUCCUCAGUGCAGUACAACGUUGUUUUCCUCUAUUGAAAGUGUUUUAGUAAAGUCUUUGUGGACACACAGUGAUGAUCUGAAUAACAGGAUGUAGAAGUAUGUUUCCUGUAUGAAGCGGUGUUUAGUUUAAGGUAUUUAUAUUUUUCUUAAACUGGAUGAUUGCAAUGUUUAUCUGACUCAAUUUUACAGUUAGUCUCAUUAAAUUUUCCCAAAAACAUACUCCAUGGCAGAUGAAGCAUAAUGUGUUUGAGUAGGUUGUGUUUGGAUAACAGUUAGCAAAAAUCAAACAGGCAAACUAUCGAUCUUAUCUUAAAACUAUCUGUCUUAUAACUGUAAAGGUAAAAGAGAAAUGCCCACUUUAGUUGCUUCUCUGUAGUAAGAUACAUUCUUGUUUUUCCUCUUGUUUUCUUAUUUUUCUUUGAACUGGUGCAUGUUAGGUCUGCCUUUUUUCUAAUUGUGCUUUUAAUUCUUUUGAACAGUUAAAAUCUAAUUGAAAUCUCAACAAAUUUAAAUAUUCAAAGCAUCAUUUACUGAAGUGCACUGUCUGUGUCUUUCUUGAGGAAGGGUCUUGCUUUGUUUCCAGUUAAAGAGAUAACAAUCUUAACCACAAAUGUUUCCAUUCAGUUUAGUGCUUGUGUGAACAUGAGACAGAAGAAAGAGGUUGGUGUGUAUAAAUGCUCAUGUGGUGAGUUUGUGGUGAAAUUGGUUUGUGUACAUGCAAUGUCAGCAAAAGCUUGAUUUACAGCGGCAGUCUUUCUUUAGACUCUCUGAUGGAUGAGGAAGUAUGACAUUUACUGCAUCUCUCAGAAUGAAGCACAAAGAGCAGGUUUCAGUUGUUUUAUUUGCUUUCAUUUUUACUUUGGCAAUGCAUCUCACAUGACCACUCAAAUGAUGUUCGGUGCCAUGCCAUUUAAUAAUAAUGUGUCAAAAGGAAUGUUUCUUUUAUCUGUACAUUUUUGUCACUGUAUAUAAUAGAUAGUGAUGUUUAUAGUAUGGCAAUGUAUAUUUUUACUUGUCCGUGAUCUGUUGUGUCUGAAAGAGACUCAUGGUGUUCAGAGCUGUCAGUGUGUUUGGUUUUAUUAGUGGCCUGAGGAGGGCAGUGUGGAUUUGCUUUUUGCAAAAUGUCUAAAACAUUUUAAAUGCUUGUUACACUCCACAUUCAUUUGACUCAUAUUUCUAAGGACAUGUUUAUGUGAAGGUCAUACAGCAAAUAAACAUGUCAUAUCAGUUCAUGUUAUGAUUCAGUUGAUUCAGUGUCCCUAACUGUGUUUGGCAAUUCAUUAAAGAUAUAUUAAAGAUAAGUGGCAAAAGAA